GUUGACAAACAGCUCCAAGGGAGCGUUUGGAGCAGCUCUCCGUCAGCUGGUGCGCGUGUGGCAGGUGCGCACGGCGGGUGAUUUACGCUUCUCCCUCGUGCGGGACGGUGACGCGGGGUCACAACCCCACAUGAGUCCGUCACAUGAGCGCGUCAGAGCCAGAAGUGACUAGGAAAGAUCUCAGCGACGGUAUACAGGAGAGAGUCCUCUGAUUCUGCUGGUCAGCAUGAGAUUGUCAGUCUCUUGAUGGGUCUCAGGAACUCAGUCAGAUGAAAUCUUGAGGUAAAAGUGUGCUUUAGUGCCCAGAGAUUCAGCACCUGUUCGGGCACCUGUGAGCAGGCCGUCCUGCCUGUGUCUGUAUGGAUGGGAAUGGCAGCAUCAGCUGUUGGUGGGAAUCACUUAUACACAUUAUGGAAACACAUUGGGAUCAUUGUUACAACAGUCCUACUCUUUAAUGCUCCUUCAGCAGUAGGCGCACAGUGUCGAAUCUUGCGGUGCAACUCUGAUUUCGUGGCUGCGACUUUGGAAAUUGGUGUCAUUGGGGGAGGUGGUAAGGAGGGCGCUAAUGCCGGCUACUGCAGCGCCCUGCGGUCCUAUGCACUCUGCACCCAGCGAACGGCCCGAGCGUGCCGUGGAGACCUGGCGUACCACUCUGCCGUGCAGGGCAUCGAGGACCUGCUCAUUCAACACCGCUGUCCCAAAACAGGCCCCACAGCUCAGCCGCAACCCCCGCCCCGGGCGUCCCCUCUCUCAGGGGACGGAUGCUUCUAUGAAAAGGGGUUUAUGCAGAGGGAGGGCCGGGCCCCAGAAUACCUGCACUGCGGGGUGUUUGGAGACCCACAUAUCCGCACCUUUAAUGAGGAGUUCCAGACGUGUGCUGUGCAGGGUGCCUGGCCUCUCAUAGACAACCAGAACCUGUACAUUCAGGCCACCAGCACACCCACUAGAGGGAGCUCUUACACCACUGUACUCACAAAGAUUACGGUUAUCUUGAAGAACUGGCGCGAGUGUGCAGAGCUGCAGAUAUAUCAAGCGGAGCUGGAUAAUGUUCCUCCGGCGUUUGUGGAUGGUUCUGUGACCGGCGGUGAUCGCAGAGGACAUCAGAGCCUGCGCGUUCACUCUCACGACCCUGGCAGACACGCUGAGAUCUGGGCUACGCAUAUCGGGACGACGAUAGUGGUGCGACAGGUCGGCCGGUCGCUGAGUCUGUCCGUACGCUCCCCUCGUGCAAUUGUUGAGUCCUAUACGCCUGAGCAGGACUUGCAGUUGUGCGUAUGGGGGUGUCCGGUCUCGCAGCGUCUGGAGAUGCCGUAUGCGCAUCCAUCCAUGCCUGCGUACACACACUGCUCCUCACUGCUUCCGGUGAGGGAUGUGUAUUUCCAUGCUUGCUUGUUUGAUUUACAGGUCACUGGAGAUUUGAACGGUAGUGCAUCAGCUGUCGCUGCAUUAGAGGACGCUCGUGCGAUGAUUUCGGACCCUAAUAGGGUUCACCUACUGACAGACAGGGCAGGUAACAACCCUCCGUCAUUGCCAGUGGUGCUGGCAUUAAUCGUCUUUGUGGAGACUCUCAGACAUGCUUUCUUGGGCCCAGUGUGACAUCAAAAACACUGCACUAAAACAUGAUAUUUAAGGGAUAUUUAUACAGUUGUUCAGUGUUUACAUCUCAGUGGUUUGGAAGUUUGUGUUUUGUGAAUCAAGGCUGUCUGGAACGGCCAUGGGAGAAAAAUAAUUUUAUUGUAUUUGUUUCAGUGUCAAAUGCACAUGAAGUGAGCUAAUUAUAAAUGUAACAUAUUUGUGGAUAUUUUUAUCUGGAUCAACGUGAUUAACCUUUGAAAAAAUAAGCAAAAAUGCAAAUAUGAGUGAUAUUUGCUCAUGUAUGUUUUCUCAAAGCUGGAUGAAAUUUAUGCAGGAGUGUAUUUAUAAUAAAGAAGAAAUUAAAAAUA